AUGAACAUGAAUUAUAUUAAAAGGGAACAAAAACUUAAAUUAAAUAAAAAUAUAAUUUAUUCUUCUAAUCCUAUAAUAAAUGAAGAUGAUAUAGCUGAUUUUGUUUCUACUUUGAAUGUUCAUAAGCAAACAGAAUAUGAAAAUGACAAAACAAAAAAUUUAAAUUUAGUGAAAGAAAUACAGUUAAGUAGUCUAAAUAUUAACGACUGGGGGAUAUCUAUACUUAUUCCGUGUAUAUUAAGAACUAGAAAUUUAGUUAUAUUAAACUUAUCUAAUAAUAAUUUAACUAAUGAUAGUGCAAAAAUUUUAUCUAAAUGCAUAAAAUAUCUCCCUUUCUUAAAAUCAAUAAAUUUAUCAAAUAAUUUAAUAAGAGAUGAAGGUUCUAUUGAAAUUAUAGAAGAAUUUUUUUCACAAAAUUUAAAUGAUGAAGAAAAUUUAAGUAUAGAAAAUAAUGUAUCUGUAGAUAGCGUUUUUUAUAAUAAGUUGAUUAUGGAUAAUAGCAAAAAAGAUAUAGAAUAUAUUGAUAAUAACUUAUAUGAAAUAGAUUUUUCAGAUAAUUUUUUAGGUACGAAAUUUAUAUUGAAAUUAGGUGCAUCCAUUGAAAAUAAUAAUAAAAAAUGUAAACUAAUUCUGAAAAAUAUAGGAAUUAAUGAUAUUGGUAUUUCUAAUUUAUUUAAAAAAAGUAAAAAUAUUGAAAUAUUAGAUAUAUCUGAAAAUAGCGUUACUGCAGAAUUAUUUUCUCAAUAUAUUGAAACAUUUUUUGAUACUCAAUUAAAUUUAAAAGAACUGUAUUUGUCUGAUAUAUGCUGUAACCGUGAUAAUUUAAAUAAAAUAGAAGAUGGAAAUAAAAUAUUUUUAGAAUUAAUUAAACAUUUACAUAAAGCAAAAAAUUUAUCUAUAUUGUGUUUUUCAAAUAAUAAAAUAAAUGAUGAAAGCUUUAAAUAUUUUUGCUUUUUUCUUAAAAAUAAUGAAAAUAAUAUUAAAGAGAUAGAUUUAUCUAAUAAUUGUAUAACUAAUCUUGAUUAUUUACAUGAAUGCUUAAAAAAUAAUAAAACAUUGAAGGUAAUAAAUUUGUCUUAUAACUCCAUAACUGAUGUUAAUAUGAAAUUGUUUUGUUAUGGUACUCUUUCAACUAAUUUAAAUAUUUGCGAACUAUCCUUAUCGUACAACAAGUUAUCAAACGAGUCAUGUAAUUACAUAUCUUAUGCAUUAUCAGCUCAAUCUAAAAUAAUAAAAAAUUCAAUCAAUACAAAAAAUUUUAAGAAGAAAAAAUGCUCUUCUUUAUAUGAAAAUGAAGAAUUUUAUCAAAUAAAUUCACAAAAUUGUGAAUCCAAUUCAUAUAUAAAUAACUUCAAAGAUAUAUGUUCAUAUACAAAAAAUUCAGAAGGCAAUCACAAAUUAGAAUCCAAAGGAGUUCACACAAAGGAACAUAUAAAUAAAAUAAAAGAGUUAAAAAAUUUAAUAAUAAACAGACAUAAAGAAGAAAAUAAUUUUUUUUCAUGUAUAGGAAUAUUUAACUUUAAUAAGGCAAGCGAUAUAUCAAAAAAUUUAUAUUUGCAAGAAAAAAGGAGAAAUUUAAUUUAUAAUAAAAAUGAUCAAUUUUAUAAUUGUUAUAAUUUCUUUUCAUAUAAUUGUUUUAAAGGAUUAAAAUUUCUUAAUUUAUCUGGUUGUCUAAUAGAUAAUGAAGGAAUAUCUUUUCUAAUAAAUUCAUUAAAAACUUCUUUUUGUCCACUAGAAUUUUUAGAUAUAUCUUGUUGUGAGAACUUAAAUGAAAAUAUUUAUCAAACAAUUACAACCUUAAUGUCUAAUAAAAAAUCUAAAUUCUUAAAAAAUGAAAGUUUUAUUUUUAAAAAUUUGCCAUUAACAGUUCGUGGAAUACCACCAACCCUAAUUCCUCUAAAUGACUCAGAAGAUAAUACCGACAAAGAUAGUAUAGAAUCAGCAUGGUGGAAUUAUAAAAAAGAUGGUUGA